UUUGAUUUAACUUUGAUCUAAUUAAAAAGUUGAACAAAAAGUAUCAAGACUUUUUAUCUUUUUUAUUAGACAACAGCUUUAGAAAUGACUAGUUAUAGCCGCAUAGCCUCAAUUAGAAAAAGGUUUGGUGUGGUGAAAAAAAGAUUUAACUUCCAACUACAGAAAUACUGCAAAGAAACAACUCUACAUGGUUUCCAUUAUAUAACGUCAAACUCUUCCAGUCCUCUUUCAUCCCUUAUCUGGUUUUGUAUCUGCUGUCUGUCUUUGGCGUUUUGUUUGUACUUAAUUAACUUACAAUUAAUCACAUAUACGACAAAAAGGGUAAAUACCAACAUAGCCACAACGGUUUAUCCAAUUUACGACGUACCUUUUCCAUCUGUUACCAUUUGCAACGUCAAUGUUGUUUACAAAAACAACACGGGCCCCAUACGAAAAGUACUUGCUGGAAAAAUUCCCGAGGCUCACAUAAACGAUUUCUUUUACAACCUGUCCACCCUGGUGUUAAACGACAAUCUUUACGGCAAUAUGCAUGCGAAGUCGUAUGAGGAAAUCACUGGUUUACUGGAGGAAGCUGGUUACAACACAGAAAUUCUAAUGCAAACAUUGGCGCAACCGUGUGAAGCUAUGCUUUUAAGAUGCAAAUGGAACGAUAAAGACACAAACUGCAGUUCAUUAUUUACUCACAUUAAAACAACGUAUGGGUUUUGCUGUUCUUUCAAUUACAAGAACGUACUACAUGGAAACAAUGCAACGUUUUCAGACGUUUUUGUUAGUGGUGUUGGUCCACAGUUUGGUUUGAAGGUAUCCCUGAACAUAGACGAAGAUCAGUAUGUGUCGCCAAUAAAACCUUACCAUGGUUUAGAGGUUGCAAUCCAUGAACCGUACCAGUUUCCUGACAUGGUUUUCGCCAGCACCACAUUGUCUCCAGGUUAUAAAAUUGCUUUGCCCAUGGACCCGACCGUUUUCUCCAGUGAUGAGGAUAUACGAGUUAUCGGGAAAAAGAAUCGAGGAUGUAUAUUUUAUGAUGAGCGACAAAUGAGUUGGACGAGGAAGUACAGCUUCUCCAGUUGUAUAACUGAUUAUAACUUGUCCAAAAGCAUGAAGAAAUGCCAUUGUUUGUCUCAAUGUAACCAAGUUACAUAUGAAUAUCGGACUGUCCACCAGUACUACUCCAGUCCAGUCGUUGGAUACGACGACGACAGCAUCAAUGAAACGGUGCUGAAUGUGUAUUUCAACGAUGUCGCAUGCACCCAAUACAAAAGGAGUAUUUAUAUCACCUGGGAUUCAUUGCUGGCUUCGAUUGGGGGAAUUUUUGGAUUGUGUAUGGGCGGUUCGAUAAUAAGUCUAAUUGAAAUUGUUUAUUUUUUCGUGCAACUGUUGAUUUAUCGACCUUUGAAAAAUAAGGUAUUAAAUGUUAAACCUAACUACAACGCACAAAUUUAUGUGGCUGAAUUAUAUCCUAGUACUUUUAAGAAAUAA